AUGGGUUGGGUUCAAGACUUACAUGGAUCUAAGAGAUUAUCAAUUUAUCACUUAGUUCUAUUGUUGAUCUCUGGUGGUAGAAGGGGCGACAAUGAUAUAAUUGAGCCAUUAAGGCAUAAAAAUUUGGUUCAAUUUCUGGGAUGGUGCCGUGAACGGGAAGAGUUGCUUCUCAAAGAUAGUUUUACCAAGGAACGAAGCCUACAAAAUAUCACAGGCUUAGCGUCUGCACUUUUAUACCUCCAUGAAGAAUGGGAACAAUGUGUGCUGCACAGAGAUAUUAAAUCCAGCAAUGUCAUGCUCGAUGCCAAUUUCAAAGCUCAUCUUGUAGAUUUUGGACUCGCGAGAUUAAUGGAUCACAAUCUAAGCACACAGACAACUAUAUUAGACAAAACUUUAGGAUACUUCACUCCUGAGUGUGUUAUGACAGGAAACGCAAAUGAAGGGUCCGGUGUGUAUAGUUUUGGUGUAGUCGCCUUAGAAAUUUCAUGUGGAAGACGUUCGAUUGAGUCUAUGGAACUUGGAAGAGCUUAUUAA